AUGCCACCAACACGGAUCGACGUUGCCAGUUCCAGCCGCACAUACCCGAUCCUCGUGGCUACUGGGAUCGUCGAGCAGAUGCCGCGCUGGCUGUCUGAAGCGGGCGUUGGCGGACGGCGAUUCGUUGUGUCGAGCCCGAACGUCUGGCGGCGGCACGGCGACGCCAUGAUGUCGGCGCUGCCCGGGGUCGACUACCUGCUGGUGCCGGACGGAGAACGGGCGAAAACCCACCACACCCUGGGGCGCAUCUACGAAUGGCUGAUCCGCCGCGGCGCCGACCGGCAGUGCAGCAUCAUCGCCGUCGGCGGCGGGGUCAUCGGUGACACCGUCGGAUUCGCCGCAGCCACGUAUCUGCGCGGUGUCGAUCUCGUACAGGUGCCGACGACGCUGCUGGCGCAGGUCGACAGCGCCGUGGGCGGCAAGGUCGGUGUCAACCACGCGCUGGGCAAGAACCUGAUCGGCGCCUUUCAUCAACCGGCGGCGGUCAUAACCGACCCCAGACUGCUCGACACGCUGCCACGCCGCGAACUCCGCGCGGGUCUGUACGAGGUUGUCAAGUACGGGGUCAUCGCCAGCCGCGCGCUGUUCGAGUUGCUGGUCACCGAGCUGCAACGCAUAUUUGCGCGCGAUCCGGAUGUGAUGAUCGAGAUUGUCGCCGCCUCGUGCCGCAUCAAGGCCGACGUGGUGGGGACCGAUGAACGCGAAGCAGAUCGCCGGCGCGUGCUGAAUUUUGGACACACGGCAGGGCACGCACUCGAAGCGGUGACCCGCUACCGGCGUCUGCGUCAUGGUGAAGCGGUUGCCUACGGUAUGCUCGUCGCGGCGGAACUCGGCGCGGGACGCGGUCUGCUCGACAAGGGCGACCACACGGCGCUGACAGAGCUCAUAGCACGCAUGGGGCCGCUCCCCUCCGUCACCGACCUGUCGGCUAGCGAAGUGCUGGAAACGAUGAAGCGCGACAAGAAGGUGGUCGCGGGUCGACUCCACAUGGUGCUGCCGGACGGCCUCGGCGGCACCGUGAUCGUAGACGACGUGACCGAAAAGGAAACGCGCCGCGCCCUGACGACCAUCGGCGUGCGAUAG